AUGUUUCUUGUACUUAAUGAACUCAAGAAUGUAGGUGAAGACAGACUCGCAAACUUCAACGCUUUGAAAUCAAUUAUUACGGAUAAUGAGAUUAGAAUUAAUGAAAAGAAUCAACCCAGAAGAACAGCACAAAACGUUGCAAACUUCAUUUUGGUAACUAAUAACGUCUACCCUGUCAAAAUUGAAGUUGGAGACAGAAGAUACGUAGUUUUAAGAGUUAAUGGUAAAUUCAAGGGUCAAUUUGAUUACUUCAAGAAUUUAAUGGAUUCAUGCACUAAGGAAUUUUAUGAUAACCUUUUAACGUAUUUUAUGCAAUAUGACCUUUCAUCAUUUAAUGUACGAAUCAUACCGAUGACUGAAGCCAAACAAGAUUUAAUCGAGUUAUCAACAAAUCCUUUAGAUGAAUGGAUAAAUACACAUUAUGAUGAAUUGUGUGCAGGUAUGACGUGUAAAAAUGCUCUAUUCUGCAAACCAUCAGACAUGAAAGACAAGAAUUUCCAAAUGAGCAUUAAGGAUAAAUGUGAUAGGAAACAGGUAAGAAUAGAUGGUAAACAAACAUGGUAUUAUGUUUUGAAAGAAGAAAUGAAAGGAUUAUAUAAACAGGUUGAACCAAACGAUAAAGAGGAUUCAUUUACUGACGAUGAAAUACCUGUAAAUGAAGCUUUAUAA